AUGUCCGUCCUCGACGCUCUCAAAGGCGUCCUCAAGAUCGCCCUCAUCCACGACGGGCUCGCCCGGGGCCUGCGCGAGGCCAGCAAAGCGCUCGAUCGUCGGCAGGCACAUAUGUGCGUGCUGAAUGAGGCGUGCGAGGAGGAGGCGUACAAGAAGUUGGUGGUGGCGUUGUGCGGGGAGCACAAGAUUCCGUUGAUUAAGGUGCCGGAUGGGAAGCAGUUGGGCGAGUGGGCUGGGUUGUGCCAGAUCGACCGUGAAGGCAACGCCCGCAAGGUCGUCAACUGCUCCUGCGUCGUCGUCAAGGACUGGGGUGAGGAGUCGCAGGAGCGCUCCGUCCUCCUCAACUACUUCCAGACCGAGCAAUAG